AUGUUGUUUUCUUCAAAGGGCUUCAUCGCCCAGGCUACCAUUUUGGGGAGUCUUUUGGCUCAAUCAGUCGAGGCACAGUACUACAAGAUUGGAACAAAGGACGAGAUCAAACAAUCAGCGCGCGGACUAGCCUACGAUCUCAUGCUGCAAUAUAACGGAAACACAACGGGCAUGAUUCCCGGUAUCUUGCCAGGUCCUCCAACAGAAAACAAGGGCGACUACUACUGGUGGGAAGGAGGAGCCAUGAUGGGAACAUAUAUCGACUACUGGAAACUCACAGGCGACUCGAGCUACAACAAGGUGGUGAUGGAGGGUAUGCUUCACCAGACAGGAGAAGGCCGCGACUACAUGCCCAGCAACCACAGCGCCUCGCUCGGAAACGACGAUCAAGGCUUUUGGGGCAUGUCGGCCAUGCUCGCAGCCGAAAACAAGUUCCCCAACCCGCCCGAAGACCAGGCUCAAUGGCUCGCCCUGGCGCAGGCCGUCUGGACGACACAGGCCAAUCCCGAGCGACACGACGACAAGUGCAACGGUGGAAUGCGAUGGCAGAUUCCUUUCACAAACUCUGGAUACGAUUACAAGAACACUAUCGCCAACGGAUGUUUUUUUAAUCUUGGAGCUCGUCUUGCGAGAUAUACCGGAAACGCAACGUAUGCUAAACACGCUGAGGAGACGUGGGAGUGGCUCUGGGGCGUCAACUAUAUUGAUCACGAGAGAUGGUUGGUGUAUGAUGGUGGACACGUUGGAAAGAACUGUACCGACAUCAACAAGGCGACUUUCUCUUACAACGCCGCUAUUCUGAUUCAAGGCGCUGCGUUCAUGUACAACUUUACAAACGGAUCUACUGUCUGGGAAGACCGCGUCACCAAGCUCCUCGACGCCACCCUCAAGAAUUUCUUCCCCAAGAACAUCAUGUGGGAAGUCCCCUGCGAAGGCCGCAAGGGCGCCUGCUCCACCGACAUGUUAUCCUUCAAGGGCUACGUGCACCGCUGGCUCGCCGUAACAACCCAAGUCGCCCCCUUCACCGCGAAAAAGAUCCUCCCCAUCCUCAAGACCUCCACCGAAGCCGCAGUAAAACAAUGCACAGGUGGUGAUUCAGGUCGCGCAUGCGGUUUCUACUGGAGCGGCGGCACGUUUGUCGAUGUAGCCGUCGACGGAACUAGUGGAGCAGGCGAGCAGAUGAAUGUGCUGGCAGCUGUGUCGAGUUUAUUGAUUGAGGACGCCGAACCGCCUGCGACGAACGAGACGGGUGGUAUUUCCAAGGGUGAUCCUAAUGCUGGAAAGGACUCGCAUGAUAACCCUGAGCCUACGCCUAUCACGACGGCUGAUCGUGCGGGAGCUGGAAUCCUCACGUUUCUCGUUCUUGCAGGUGGUUUGGGAACGUUUGUCUGGAUGUGUGCUUUUGAUUGA